AUGCCUCGGUCUUUCUUGGUGAAGAAAGUCAAAUUGGACGAUUUUUCGGCUGCAGAGCUGGAGAGCUCAUAUGGUCACAGCAGAAGAGAAGAACUCAGUCUGCGAUUCCAUCAUCAUGACAAAGGCUACGUCAGCGAUUAUCUGAGUCCAUCUCCUUACGAUGACGUGGUGGGAAGUGACUCAUCUGUCAUCUCAAAAGUACCCUCCCCUGGUCACCCGUCAAUCAUCUAUGGCCGCAUUGACAACACCUAUUCUGGUAUCCAUGGUGAUAUCCACGGGGAUUCAGACCAGCCGGACAGCCCAAGGUCCGAGGUUUCAUCAUCAGCUGGUGGAUACAUCAACGGGGACGCUGCCGUGAGCGAGGGCUACACGGUGGACGCGUUUUUCAUCAUGGACGGACGAUCACGGAGAAAAUCUGCAGGAAACCCCAAAGGAAGCAUUCAGAGGCACACCUGCAGCGAGUGCGGCAAAACCUACGCCACGUCCUCCAACCUGAGCCGGCACAAACAGACUCACAGGAGCAUAGACAGCAAGAUGGCCAAGAAGUGCCCCACAUGUGGGAAAGUCUACGUUUCCAUGCCUGCGAUGGCCAUGCACCUGCUGACCCACGACCUCAAGCACAAGUGCGACGUGUGUGGCAAAGCGUUCAGUCGACCCUGGCUGCUGCAGGGCCACAUGCGCUCGCACACGGGCGAGAAGCCAUUCGGGUGCGCGCACUGUGGCAAAGCAUUUGCCGACCGGUCGAACCUGCGCGCUCACAUGCAGACGCACUCAGCCUUCAAGCACUACAAGUGUAAACGGUGCGACAAGACGUUUGCGCUCAAGAGUUACCUGAACAAGCACUACGAGUCGGCGUGCUUCAAGGGGGCUUUCUCCCCUCUGAGCUCACUGGGAGAGUGAUGGAUUCACGAAGGCUGACUUUUUUGUUUGUUUAAAUCAGAUUUUACUGGCCUCGCUCCCUCCUUUUCCUGCUUCCCCAACAACAAGACCAGUACGCCUGAGCACUGCGAGGGAGGAGUGUUUUCUCUGGAUCAUGAAGCAAACGGCAAAAAUAGAUUGAGGACAUGUCCAUUUUUAUCAAGACCCUCCAAUCCCUUCUUUGUCUCCUCCUUCCUCAUCUGGGAGAGGAGUGAAAAGGUUUCAAUGCUUGAUUUAGAUUGCCACCUGCUUCGAUAAGAUACUUCUGAGGAUCUGUGAAGAUAAAUAAAGCACAGCACAUCUAGCUCAUCAUUUUUGAAGAUACCUAGAUCUAUUUAUGUCCAUUUCUAUCCUCGUCCCUCGUUUUUUUCCCCCC